AUGCUGCGAGAAGGUGCCAGCCUGGCAGCCUGCACGCUAUUGGUCGAAACCGGGCGGCUGACUGUGGGGUUUGGGGCGGCAGUAACGGCCAAGGGGCUGGCUGCAAAGGCGCCGGAUCAGACAAGUGGGACGCCGACCGAUGGGAAGGGGUCGGGCGGCGGGUACGGUGGGCGAGGAGCGUCUUGUAGCGUGAACAGUGCCAUGCACAGGAGCAUGAACAGUGGCAAUGCGGGCGCCAGGAGCGGCAGGAGCGGCAGCAGCGGCAGGGGUGGCGUGGGCGGAGGGAACAGUGCUAUGGGGGAGAGCGGGGGCGGAGGCGGAUGGGGGGCGGAGGCGGAAUCAUGGGGGGGAGAUGCGUAUGCCUGGUCUACCCUCACAGAUCCCUGGAAAACGGGUAGCAAGGGGGGAGCGUUGGGGGAGGCGGAUGGGGGGGGGCUGGGGGGAGGGCGAGUGCGCAUUGUGGUGCGGGGGGAUGUGGUGGUGGAGGGGCGGAUAGACGCGGAUGGGGGGGAUGCACAGAUGGGCAGCAUGGGGAGGCUUGGGGGGGGAGGGUCCGGUGGGAGUGUGUUUGUUAAUGCCUCGUCAAUCCAAGGCACUGGGCGCAUCUGCGCCAAUGGGGGGAAGGGACACGGGGGAGGCGCAGGGGGGCGCGUGGCCAUCCAAUACCAGCCCCCCCCAACUUCCCGCUCCCCCUCCCCCUCCUCCCCGUCCCCUUCCGCCUCCCCCUCCCCCUCAUCCGCCCUCUCCCCCGCCCUAUACAUCCAAGCCACUGGGGGACCCAGUGAGGCCUGCCCUUAUAACGCAGGCUCAGCCGGAACAGUCUUCAACUGGGCCAAACAAACCCUCGUUAUAGGAAACUCCAACCAACCCUCGCACACCUUCACACCGCUCUUCACCGUGCCGCUGUACCCCUACUGGGACGGCAUUAUAGUGGAAGGGGGGGCCAAAGUCGUCGCUCUCACCCGAAACUUCCGCCUCCGAAUCCGAUCCUGCGUGUGGUUCCGAGAAGGUUCCAGUGUGCUGUUUGGAAGCAGCACGGGGGGAGGGGGGGGCGGAGGGGGCGGAGGGGGAGAUCAGCCGGCGCCAUCUCCACCGUUGGAUCCUGAUGAGGCGGAGGUGGAGGUGGUGGUGGCGAAUCUGACACUCACGAAUGCGACUCUGGAGGUGUAUGGGACGAUCAAGGUCUUCGCCUCGCACUUCAACCUGCACUCCACCUCCUCUCUGCGCAUACACCAGCUCGCUGGUGCUGCUGCUGCUGCUGCUUGCACGGCUCGCCAGCUCAGUGGUGGUGAUGGCAGCGGUAGCAGCAACGGCAGUGGUGGCAGUGAGAGUGGCAGAACUAGCAGUAGCAGCAGCAAGGGGAGGCGAGGGGCCAACGGGAGGAAGCCGCAUAAGAGCGGACUAUCCAUGGGAUUUUCAAGCAUUGAUGGCAACUACCUCUCCCUUACUGGCGGUUCCUCCCUGGUCAGCUCGGGUCACGUGUGGCUGCACGGACAGAACGAGCUGGCUCUGGGCGGCAGGAGCCUGCUAACCGCCAAAAAGCUCCUCAUCUCCAUGUUCAUCGCUGUCCGGGUUCUGGGCGGCAGCCGGAUUGCCGCCCCUCUCUCUCACGCCGCCCUCCUCCACCUCCAGUCACUCUCUGAGGGCGGCAGCAGCAAUCCAAACUACUACUCACUACUACAGCCGGAUUUUCCUCUACAGCCAGACUCCCCGCUACAGCCGAGCGUCUCUCUGGUACAGCGGCAGCCAAACAGUGGCAAGGUGACAAGUGGGCGCUGGGGCAGUAACUUUUCCUCCUCCUCUUCCUCCUCCUAUUUUGCGGUGGCGUCACAGUAUGGGGGGUUUGCAGUGCAGACAGGUGACCUGCCGUACUGUCAUGUGGAGGAGUGUCCGUCCAGUGUGGUGCAGCCCAACCACGACUGCAGCAGCGAGGAUGAAUCUCACUUCUCCCUCCAUGUCUGUCGUCUCGACAGCCUGUACGUGCAAGGGGCGAUGGAGGGGGCAUUGGUGCGCAUAGAUGCCUCCUCCUCUCUGGUCAUCGACCACCGAGCCUCUAUCUCUGCCUCGGGCCUUGGGGCAAUGGAGGGGGCGUUGGUGCGCAUAGAUGCCUCCUCCUCACUUGUCAUCGACCACCGAGCCUCUAUCUCUGCGUCUGGCCUUGGUUGCUUGCCAGGUCAUGGCAUAGAGCAUGGCGAGGAGGACGCGCUGCGCCAGCCGGGGGGAGUGGAGGAGGGGGGCAUCGGGGAAUUGUCAGCAGUUGAUUUUGAGAAUUCUUGGGCCCUCCUUGUCCCCUCCUUGUCCCCUCCGUGUCCCCUCCUUGUCCCCUCCUUGUCCCCUCCUUGUCCCCUCCUUGUCCCCUCCUUGUCCCCUCCUUGUCCCCUCCUUGUCCCCUCCUUGUCCCCUCCUUGUCCCCUCCUUGUCCCCUCCUUAUCCCCUCCUUGUCCCCUCCUUGUCCCCUCCUUAUCCCCUCCUUGUCCCCUCCUUGUCCCCUCCUUGUCCCCUCCUUGUCCCCUCCUUGUCCCCUCCUUGUCCCCUCCUUAUCCCCUCCUUGUCCCCUCCUUGUCCCCUUCUGGGCCCUGUACACUAGGUUGCCUGCUGGGCCAUGGAGUGGGGCAUGGCAUGGCAGCGACACACCAGCAGCGGGUAAUGGAGGAGAGGGGGGCAUGGGGGAAAGAACGCCUCUCUUUCUCCUCUCGCUCACCUUCCUGUCUGCCUUCCUGUGCUCAACCCCCUUUUUCCUUCCCUCUAGGUUGCCUGCCGGGCCAUGGGGUAGGGCAUGGCAGGGAUGCACCAGCAGGGGGAAGCGGAGGAGGGGGGCAUGGGAAGACGAAGGGCUCUUUCUUUGCUCUUUCUCACUCUACUUUUCCCCCGCUCCCACCAGGUUGCCCGCCGGGCCAUGGCGUGGGGCAUGGCAGGGACGCACCAGCCGGGGGGAGUGGAGGAGGGGGGCAUGGGGGAAAGAAAGACCCUUUUUCUCCUCUCUCUCACCUUCCUGUCUGCCCGCCCUUCCAUGCUCAACCCCUUUUUGUUUUCCCACCAGGUUGCCCGCCGGGCCAUGGCGUGGGGCAUGGCAGGGACGCACCAGCAGGGGGCAGUGGCGGAGGGGGGCAUGGGGGCAAGGGCGGUGCCGGCCAUUUCAACGGGUCCCGGGCGGCAGGAGGCGCUGCAUACGGACGAACGAUGCCGCCCUGCAGUGUCGGGAGUGGGGGUGGGCUGGGGCCGGAGGGUCGGGGGAACAGCGGAGGCGGGCUGAUAGGUGGGUGGGGUGAUAAGUGGGUGAAAGCGCUGUGCCCUGUGGCUCGCCUGGAGCUCUGGGCGGCUCUCUGGCAGCAGGUGUUCGCGUUGAGCCUUAUUUUCUCAUUUUCUUCCCAUCUGCUCUCCGCUUUCCUCCCUUUUCGCCGUUUCCCCCCCAGUGUUGGGCCCUGUGGCUCGCUUGGAGCUCUGGAGCAGCUCUCUGGCAGCAGACGGCUCGUUUCUCAACACACGCACUUACUGGGUCCUGUGGCUCGUCUGGAGCUGUGGGGCGGCUCUCUGGCAGCAGACGGCUCGUUUCUCAACACACGCACUGUAGGGGGCGAAGGGAUGGGAUUGGGGAUGGGAGGAGGAGGAGUGAGGGGCGGAGAAAGGAGAGUGGGGAGCGGAGGAGCAGGAUUGGAGGGCAAGGAAGUGGGAAUGACAGGCGGAAGCGAGGAAGUGGGAAGCGGAGGGGUGGGAGGAGGGGCAGGGGGAACAGUGGUGAUUCAUGCAGCUUACCUGAACAUGACUCGUGGGUCUGUGAUAUCGGCUGCAGGGGGGCAGGGGCAUUCGGUGGGGGGAGGUGGAGGGGGCGGAGGGAAGGUGUACUUUGCAUGGCAAAACCUGGAGCGGACGCGAGGGGAUGAGUACAACCCUCGUGCUACUAUCGAGGGGAACUGGACUGACGUUAUUAGAACAAGUGGAGGGCAGGGAAGCUACGAGGGGGAGGAUGGCGAGGCGGGACUGACAGGAUCAGCAGACUGCCCACCGGGGCUGGUGGGGCUGUUGUGUGAGGAGUGCCCUGUGGGCACCUUCAAGAGCCAGUCCGGAUCUGAUCCUUCUCUCUGCCUGCGCUGCCCGCUUGACCUCCUGCCACACCAUGCUGAAUUCACCUACAAGCGAGGCGGCGCCAGUGCCACUCCCUGCCCCUACCGCUGUCUCUCCUCGCACUUCUCCCUGCCCCACUGCGACACACCAAUGGAAGGUCUAAUCCGCGACCUGGGCGGGCCCUGGGUGUUCGCGCUGGCAUGCACGCUCUCUGUGCUGCUGCUGGGCUUUGCGAUCACUCUCGCGCGCGCCAGGCUGCUGCUGGCAGGGGACGACCUGGCCCAGCCGCAGACGAGGGACUCUGAUGUGUCCUCCCAUAUGGACCACUCCCUGCCUUUUCUGGAGUCUCUGAACGAGGUGAUGGAGAAUACGAGGGUAGAAGAAGCAGCCUCACACGUCCACCGAGUCUUUUUCUGCGGAGACAACUCCUUCUCGCACCCGCUGCACCUCCCACACUCCCCGCCGCGCGCAAUCUCCGAUCUCGUAUACGAAGACUCAUACAACCGUCUCGUAGACGAGGUUAACGCCAUUGCGUGCUACCGGUGGUGGGAGGGGUGUGUGCACUCGCUGCUGGCGCUGCUCGCGCUGCCGUUUGCGUGGUCGUGGCAGCAGUGGCGGCGCCGCCUGGUGGUGCAGCGGCUGCGGGAGUUUGUUCACACGCGCUACGACCACUCGUGUCUGCGCUCCUGCCGCUCCCGCGCGCUAUACGAAGGGCUCAAGGUGUCAGCUACCCCGGAUCUAGUCCUGGGCUACAUGGACGUGUUUCUGGGCGGCGACGAGAUGGCCACGCACAUGCUGCCGAGCUUCGCUGACCGCCUGCCACUGCUGCUGGUGCUGGGCGGCAACGGCUCGUACAUGGCGCCGUACCAUCUCUUCACCGACGACCUUCUCACCAACAUCAUCUCCCAGGCCAUCCCCCCCACAGUGUGGUACCGCCUGGUAGCAGGGCUGAACGCCCACCUCCGCACUGUCAGCCACGGCUCCCUGCAGAGGUCUUUGAAACCACUGCUGCGUUGGCUGUGCACGCAUGUCAACCCCUCGCUGGAAGCCCACGGCGUGUCAGCACACCUCGCCUGGCUGCAGCUGCGCUGCCUGUGCAUGCACGUCAACCACCCACUAAAAGCCCACGACGCGUCCGCCGCACACCUCGCCUGGCUACAGGUGCACUGCCCUUCUCCUCCUAUCCUACUCUCUGUAUCCGCACUGCAGUCGCUGCCAUGUAAAGUCACUCCUUCCUCCCUUCUCUCCAUCAGUUUCUCUCCAUCGGUUUCUCUCCAUCGGUUUCUCUCCAUCAGUUUCUCUCCAUCAGUUUCUCUCCAUCAGUUUCUCUCCAUCAGUUUCUCUCCAUCAGUUUCUCUCCAUCAGUUUCUCUCCAUCAGUUUCUCUCCAUCAUUUUCACUCCAUCAGUUUCUCUCCAUCAGUUCCUCUCCGUCAGUUUCUCUCCAUCAGUUUCUCUCCAUCAGUUUCUCUCCAUCAGUUUCUCUCCUUCAGUUUCUCUCCAUCACUUUAUCUACAUCACUUUCUCUCCAUCAGUUUCUCUUCUUCAGCAAUGACUACCUCCCCUCUUCCCUCUCCAUUUCCCCACUGGGUGGGGAGGGCGUUGGUAGACUAUACUCUCAGAAUGCUUUGCAGCAGCAGCAGCAGCAGCAGCAGCAGCAGCAAAGGCAGCAAGAAGCUCUGAGUAUUCGGUUGCCGGCUCGAGCACUAUCAGUCAAACUUCCCUCUCAGCAGCAACAGCAGUCAGGAGGGGAGCGAAGCCCCUCCCUUGCAUCCCUCCCCCCUCUCUCCCCUCACAGGUUCGAACAUCGACCGUCCCUCUCAAUCCUCCCCUCUGCCGAGCCUACUCCCGGUCCUGCUGGCUCGGCUCACUUUGCUCCCAGGUUCGACACAGGCUCGGGAAGCGGUCUGGCAAGAAGCAUCCACGGCUCGAUUCCUGAGAAUCUCUCUUUGCUAAGUGACAAGGACACAAGAAGGGGCGGCGAGAGGAGGGAAGUGGAGCGGCAGAUUUCGUCAGUUUCUGCAGGGUUGCUGUGGCAGGCGGCGGGGGGGCGGGUGGGGAAGAGGCAGCAGGGGGGGUUGAUAGACGCACAGGUGCUGCAGCGGCUGGAUGGGGGGCGAGGGCUCUGCCUACCUGGCUGUGGGUUGCUGCUGCGGAACACUCUGCCUGUUGGCCAUGAUGCAGCAGUGGGACUAGCCAUGUCUAUGCUGCUCCUGGCGGACCUCUGUCUCUUCCUCCUCUGCCUGCUGCAAUCCUACAGCACCUCCCUCCUCGCCUUCGCUCUCAUGCUCUUUGUCCUGCCGCUCGCGCCGCUCUUCUCAGCAGCAGCGGGGCUGAAUGCCCUCUUUGCCCACGGGGCGAGGGGGGGAGCGGGGCUGGGGAGGGUGUAUGGGCUGUGGAACGUCACUUCCCUUGCCAACGGGGUGGUUGCUGUGACCCUGGGAGUGUUUCAUGUAUGGCAAACUUACAAGGGCACUCCCUCAGGUGCUCCUCCCAGGGAGUCAGCAGCAGCAGAGGAGUUCACGUGGCUGCUGUUCCCAGCCAUGUUUGUGGCAUGUAAGUUGGCUCAAGCACGAGUUAUAGACCGCCAUGUGGCAAAUCUGGAGAUUCAGGAUCGCACCCUGCUGGCGGAGGACCCGACCGUCUUUUGGGAGGCGUAA